AUGGAGGAAGACAACUUCAGCACACCUGAAAACUUCACCUGGCUGAACGUGACGGCGGAGACGCUACCUGGCGCCGCGGCGGGGUUCUCCGAGUCGUUCCGCGUGGCGCUUCCCGUGGUGCUCGGCACGGUGUUCGCGGUGGGGGUGGCCGGCAACCUGGUCACCAUCCUGUGGAUCGCGCUCCGCGGGCAGCCCCAGAACACCAUGCGGACCUACGUGUUGUCCCUCUCCGCCGCAGACCUCGCCUACCUGCUCGGCGGGCCCUUCUACCUCAGCUCCUUCAUGCUUCAGCCUAAAUGGAUAUACGGAGAGUUCGGGUGCCGCCUGAUCGUGAGUCUGGACAUCCUGAGGCUUCUGAUUUACGGAGAGUUCGGGUGCCGGCUGAUCGUGAGUCUGGACAUCCUGACGCUGCUGGCCAGCAUCCUGACCCUGACCGUGACCAGUGUGGACCGGUUCCUGGCCGUGGUGUAUCCCAUCAAGACUCUGGGCUGCCGCUCAGUCAACAGCGCAAGACUCUCCGUGGUGCUUGUGUGGCUGAUCAGCCUGAUUCUGUCUCUGCCCAUCGCCGUGUUCACGCGGAUGGAUACAGUGGAGUUACCCGGUGGUGCGUCCAUAGAGACCUGCAUCGUGGAUUGGCCCUCUGAGAACAGCAAGAGGGCCUACAUGACAGCGACGUUUGUGCUGGCGUUCCCCAUCCCGCUGCUGGUGGUCAGCGUGUGCUACGGCCGCAUGGUGACCAAACUCUGUACUGCAGUCGCGCCGGCUUCCAACAGCUCCAAGAGCAACAAGGACAAACGGCGCGUGGCCAAAAUGGUUCUGGAGGUUCUGGCGGUGACGGUUCUCGCGGUGACGGUAAUGUUCUACAUCUGCUGGCUGCCGUUCGGAGUUCUGCAGCUGCUGUACUACCACUCCGCCCUGCCGGCUGACAGGUCCAUCCUGUACGUGCAGAUCUGCCUGGUCGGACUGACGUACCUCAACAGCUCCGCGCACCCCAUCAUCUACCUGUGCGUCAGAGAGCGGAAGAAGAAGAAGUCCCGCACGACCGUGACCGGGCUGCGGGGGCGGCGGCGGGCGGAGGUGUCCCCGGCCUCCCCCGACGGAGAGAUGGUCCCGGUCGCUACCGUCUCCUACGCCUUCUGA